GAAAAAGAAAUGAAACGACAAAGGGGGAAAAAAAGUGAAUAGAUGGACCUGCGAGCAGACUGAAAUAUGAUUGAAAUUACUUCGUUUUCCCUAGAAGUCAAACAAUGAAGCGCUUUAUUGUCUGUAAACUAAGCAGGUGGAGAGAUUUGUGUUCCUGAAGAGCAAGGUUGGCCCAGUGGGUGGGGCUUAGCGUAAUGGCUCCAUUCUCCACUAGAUGGCGCUGCUCAGCUUACUGGUGUGAAUUGUUGUGGCGCCUGUAGGUGUGUACACGCAUGCGUGGGAGCAGUGAAAAUGGCGUCACCCAGCUACCCAGUCUCUAGUGUUGUAACUCUGUUCUGCCGGACCCCCAAUUGCACACCGGUCCUUUGUCUCCAGCUUCCAUCCACUCCCCGCUUUUACACAGUCCUGACCAAGUCCCAGGCAGCACCUCUCUCUGAGUUUUCUCUCAGAUGUGGCCGUGUUUCCCGACCCCUUACUUCUGAAGGGCUGCGGCUUUGACCCAUCCUGCCCCUCUGCAAAAGGGUCUCACCGAGCAGUGGCCGGGUGCCGGCGGCACCCAGGAACGUUGGCGGGACCGUGCUGCUGCCGAAGCCCAGAGACCGCGGCCGGGUGCCAGCCCGCCCCAGAAAGAGUUCACGCGAUCGUGUAGCAGCAGCGCUUCAGGGAUUAUGGAAAAUCACAACACGCGUCUGGCACCAGGCUUCACCCCCAGCGACCUUGUUCCAGCACCAGCGAAUGUGGUUGUUCUCCCGGGUCCACUGGGGCACACAGCCUCUACCAGAUGUCCUCCAGAGAGAGAAACCGCCUCUCCCCUGUGGCCUGAAGACCCCCGGACUUCGCUCUGCUCCUGGGGAUUCACCCUUCUCACCAGAGCACCGCCAGCAGCAACUGGAAAGGGGAAAAACAUCCUGACAGUAUAUAUUCAGACACAUACGGUCAGCAUCAUGAAGCUCUGGACGCCUCAACUCAUGACAUUCCUCUGUAUGGUGCUACCGUCUGUGCUGGGAGUGAUAAAAGAAAAACACAACUGGGCUGAAAUGUUACUUGAGGAGUGCUGGGGACAGCCAAAUGUCCUUGAAUGCACCAAGAAGUGUUCUGGAACCUUUAAAUGUAUAAACAAAAAUCACACAUGCUGCUGGACCUAUUGUGGAAACAUCUGCUGGAAAAAUAAAGAAAUCUUUGAAAGACGUCUAAAACCCUAAUCUCCCAGCUGGACACCAGUCUGUUCUCACUGAGGGCUGGGCAGGAGCAAAUCCUUGACAAAUAAACUCAUUUAUCAACAGUG